UCAAAACAAAUCAUCCGAUUUCUUCUGUUCUGUUGAUUUGUGAAAAGAAGUGUGAUGAACGAAUGCAAUCCUUGAAGAUCGUUGCGUUUUACUGCUAAUAUGACCAUACGCAGCGGAAUCUGACGUAAAAGUCGCGUAAGCGCAACACGUUAUUGUGCAAGUGGCGUUCUGUGUGGAUUGAGUGUUUCUAUUGAUUUUAUGAAGUUAAGUGCAGCUUUUAUUAGAAUCGUGUUCCGAAAGUGUGGACAGCAACGUGGCUCGGCCCAUCACACUUAGUACUUAUUGUUUUAUCGGCGAUGAAAACCGUCUAAUGGAUAGAAGAUGGAUGUCUGCCCUAUCACGAUAACUCUGGGACAAAAUUUUCAGUUAUGAUUACCAGUAUUUAAAUAGUUAAAUAUCGUACGAACUGAUAUGAUAUCAAAUCAUUGAUGCACCAUGAUCGCAUCGUUUUCCCUUCCGCACAGAUCACAACGAAUGAACUUAAUAUAACGUAUAAUGAAAUUCGAUAUUGAAUAAUUUAGAAGUUUGGCAAUACGGGCUUAAUAAAAAUGAAUAUAUACAAAUUCAAUGUCGGACAUACUAAGUAAGCUUCAUCCAAUACUGAUAUUUAUAAUUAGUCAUAUUGGAAGAACGGAAAUAUUCGUUAACAAAACUGUAAUGAGUGAUAAGUGAUUUUAAAGUGAUAUUAUUUAACGUUAUGGAAAGUGCAACCGGAAAUUUAAAGAAAGUUGUUAGGAAAGGUGGCGCUGUUCGCUGUCAACGAGAGGCGCUACCGAGUGCGCCACGGACGUCCACCGCCGCCGGUGCCAUGCAUUCCGACGCCACCGGCCACUCCGUCGUCGGAUGGUACUGCGGACGAAUCCCUUCCAGCGCCCAAUGACUUUCUAUCCUUGAUCAACGGCUCCGCAAGCGCACAAACGUCCGCCAACACAACGCUGCUGUACUAUCCUCACAUUCCGGAUCGCCGAAUGUCUCCGCGUUCGAGCCCGAAAUCCAAACUACACAAGGAGUUUCGGAUGAUCGCUCCCAGUUCACCGUCGGCAUCGUCGUCGAUGUCGUCCAUAUCCUCCAAUCUAGGAUCGUCGGGCAGCGCGAACGGUUCUAUGCGCUUCCAGCGGCGUCGGCGACGUCGGCGGAGAAGACGAGUUACUGCCGUGCAGCCCAAAAUGAAUAGCAUCAUCGCAAGCAAGCCCAGUGAUGACGACGACGACGACGACGACGAUGACGAGGCUGACAAUGGUGAAGCUGAAAAUCCCGAAAAUGAGCACAAUGUUGCCGAGACUAAUCAAUUGUCGUCAUCCGGCACUGCCAUCAACGGGAUCACACACGAUCAGGGGCCAGACGAGGUGGAACCAAUAUCGAUGCCAUGGUUCGGCAUGGACAUUGGCGGUACACUGACGAAACUGGUAUACUUCGAACCAAAGGACAUCACACCGGGUGAACUGGAUCAAGAGGCCAAAGUCUUGCGCAACAUCCGUCGUUACCUGACGAAGCACUCCGCCUAUGGCAGCACCGGUCACCGUGAUACGCACCUACAAAUGGAUGACGUAGAGAUUCGAGGUCGGCGCGGGUCAUUGCAUUUCAUUCGGUUUCCAACGGCAGAGAUGGACAAGUUUUUGGCGCUGGCGCAACGGAAAGGUAUGGCCCAGCUUGUGACGACGGUUUGUGCGACGGGUGGCGGUGCCUUUAAAUUCGAGGAUGCAUUCAAACGCGAAGUAAAUAUGAAGCUUGCCAAGUUUGACGAACUGGAUGCCCUCAUCAAGGGGAUACUCUUCGCCGAGAUGCACAAUCCGUGUGAGUGUUAUUACUGGAUGAAUGCUAGUGAUAUUAGUAUAAGUACAAAGAAAAAGUUUGACUUCAGUCAACCUUACCCGUUCAUUUUGGUGAAUGUGGGGUCGGGUGUUUCGGUGCUAGCGGUACGAGGACCGGAUAACUACAAGCGUAUUUCCGGUACUAGUCUUGGAGGAGGAACAUUCCUGGGUCUGUGCUGUCUGCUAACGGGGUGCAACACGUUCGAGGAGGCUAUCCAGUUCGCCACGAAGGGAGACCAUACACGAGUCGAUAAGUUGGUGAAAGAUAUUUACGGCGGUGAUUACGAGAGGUUUGGCCUACCCGGAGACUUGGUGGCAGCCAGUUUCGGACAAAUGAAUCUUGCCGACAAAAGAGCUUGUGUAACAAAGGAGGAUUUGGCUAACGCCACUCUGGUCACAAUAACAAACAAUAUCGGUUCUAUUGCUCGGAUGUGUGCCAGUAACGAGAAAAUUGAUCGGGUGGUGUUCGUCGGAAACUUCCUGCGUGUGAAUCCGAUCUCGAUGAAGCUGCUCGCGUAUGCAAUGGACUACUGGUCCAAGGGCACUCUGAAGGCUCUGUUCCUGGAACACGAGGGUUAUUUCGGUGCUAUCGGCUGCUUGCUUCAGUUCAACGGGGAACUCAAUGCGCACGUUAACAACGAGAGUGAACUGCUGGCCUAGACACUAGAAUAAAUUAAGUGAGUAAGUAAGUAAGCAACCAGCACUAGCCAUUUCGGCAUCCUUUCUUUUUCUGCACACGUUCGGCUAUACACGGUUUCUAAUUGCGUGCAGAUAAAAAGUAUAAGAGCUUAGAGAAUCAUAGGAGAUCAUGAAACAUGAGACUUUUACGACUAUCUGAACGACAGCGCAAAACAGCAAAAUGGCAGCAACUGACACAAACAUACAUAUACUGAUAAACAGUAACAAGCUAAGCAUACAAACAUAAGGAACUAGGAUAAUUUUUAAGCAAUUGAUUACGGUACUAGCGAAGCGAAUGGUAGAUAUGUUAUGUUUUUUUUCGAUUAAGUGUUUGGGCGAGUGAGUCCCAAAGUAACGGACUGUGAAAUUGUGUUCGUACAUGAGAACAGAAAAAUGCUACAUUAAUAGUAAGUCAUUUAUUUUAACAUUUCUUCGUGUCCUUGGGCAGGUUGUUUGUCUGCGAAAUUAUGUGAAACAGUUUUCAUUUGAAUCUUUCCUAUAUAUUCUGUUAGAAAGGUUCGUAACCUUGCAGUUGAAAGACAAUUUUAAAUAGUUAUAAAAAAGAUCGGCAUGAAAUCACUGUCACGGUUCGUUUAGAAAAGUUUUCAUGUUUCCAUUAGGAAUAGGUGUAAUAAGUUAACGUUGAGCUGUAAGAUUCUGUUUCCAUUAUUGAUCGAUAGUACGAACCGUGCACAUUAUUUAUUACAUUUUAUGUUUUGUCUAUUUUACCGGAAUCGGAGACACAUGUUUAAGGUGUAGGAAACAGAUUGUUAAGACUUAUCUACGUUAUAGUGCAAUCAAAGAUUAAGGCAAGUAAUUCCAGAUGUCAGAAAUCAGUGGGGGAUACAUAAGGGAAUAAAUCUACCUUUAUCAAAUCUAUCAAAUUGUAACACUACGCACCGGACUUAUUGAAUGAUGGCAUUUGCAGUUUUCGGAAGUAUUAAAAAAUGUUUCGAACAAAACGGUAGCUAGGAAGUUAAACAAAAAAAAACUUGCUUGCUUUAUAUUGAGUAAAUUUAUCAUUAUUCAUUUGUUUUGUUGGGUUCUUUAUUUUCGUACUAGUAUAGAUUUCAAAUAAAUCCAAAUGUUUCAAUAAGUUUCUUUUCUUAUAUAGAUGUAAAAGCCACUAAAAGUUUUAAUUUAAUCAUAUUGUCUAUUUGUUUGUAAUUUUUAUAUGAUUUCAAAUAA